AUGUCAACAGAGGGCCCGGAGGCGGAGGAGGUGGCUAAAAAGCUCAAGCAGCGGGCGCGGACAUACAGAUCAAGCUCGGCAGAUUUCCGAGCAACUUUCGAUCGUUCGGCUCCCUAUUCGAAGCACCAGCUUCGAAAGAUAGUACAACGGAACUCAUUAGCAGCAACUCACCCGUACGAUGAGCGAUUGGGGGGACUUAGAGCUGCUUUGGGCGCUAUUCAAGACCGUCCCCAAUCAUUUGACGACGUCAAGUCGCAGCUCAAGGUCAUCAUAGACGAGCUCGACAAAGCCUUCUUCUUCAACCUGCUGCGGGGCGAUGGCGAACGAAAUCACAGAUACCACCUUGUGAGGCUCUCGGUCGAAGGACCGAGGCCCGGAUCGGAAAGGCGCGGGGCGUUUCGACAAGAGGACAGCACCAUACGGCUGUACAUAGCGGAGGAGCAGCCAUCCGUGGGCAAGUACAUCGGAACGCUUGCACACGAGAUGGCCCACGCCUACCUCUUCAUCUUCGCGCACGACUAUGCUCGCAGCCACACGCCGGACGCCAGCAGUUCCGGGGCCCACUCGCUCGACUGGUGCAGGCUGUACCUCUUCAUCAUGGAUAGACUCCUUGUCUAG